CAUAACGAAAAUCGUGUAUCGGAGGCAUUUUCUAUCGCAUCGGAGUGAGUCCCAAAAUACCUCACCAGCGAUGUCGCGAGCAGUUAAUUCGGGGACAAGUCACAGUGACCUAACGUCGUGUGCAAAUCCUGGUAACCCUAUAUUUUCCUGCAUGAUGACAACAGUGCCAACUUCAACAUCUGCGGGAUUUUCGACCAAACUACAAAACCUUUUCUACAAGACCACAUCCAGUAACUACGGAGCCCAUCCUCCGGUGUAUGAAACGGCACCCUGCACCUAUCACCCAUUAUCACAGCAAUUUUCCAGGGAUCUCGGAAACUGUGGGAUGUAUCGCGAUAAUUCAUUUAACACAAGUUUGGAUAGUAGCAGGGUGUACGACUGCCCAAAUUUACAACACACUCUCUAAUAGCCACUAAAGAUAGUACUGCUACGAUGAUCUCCAUAUACCGUUUGUUUCUUCUCAGUAGUUCUUCCGUUGUUCGUAUUUGUGAUAUCAACUGAAUUAUACGUUACAUUUAAAAUGUAUUCCUGGGUUGCAUAAUAUUUAGCAUUUUAUUAUUAACUGUUAGUGUUUAGAACAUUUGUGACUGCUUAACAUUGCUUAUCCGUAACAUGUCCCAUUUUAAUGCAACUGGUCGUGAGACUGUUUAUUUCUUUAUACAAAUGUCCCACUUAAGAAUAAAUAAAUAAUUAAGUAAAUACGAGACAAGUAAGUAAAUGUAAGAAAGUACACGAUAUGGAUAUCUUUAUUGGCAAUCAAUAUGCUGAUAACCAGCUAUCUGCACAAAAAGUUAUACAUAUAUAGAUAAUGGCAGUAGAAUGUUUUACACAUGCAGAAUAAACUCAUUUUUAUUUUGAGCCCCAAUUACGCAUGUAUCACAUUAAAGCUAUUAAAGGACACCUGUGUGAACUGUAA